AUAAUAAUUUUUUGGAAAAAAAAAAAAACUUAAGGGGUUUAAGCUCCAAUGCUCAAUGCCCUUUCACUGAACUGGAGCUGGUCGCUGGACGCUGGACGCUGGGGUUUUUCUCCACCAGUUAUCAUGUGGUCUUUCCGACGAGCUGCUUUGCCUCUCAAGCUACAUGGUCAUUCUUGGUUUGGGCUGACCAGAGUGAUCUCAGCUAAAUCAGAUCUAAUGAGUUUUUCUGUGGGGGACAUAACUGGUACGUGCACACUUGAAAAUUUGAUACCUGGUAGGUGCAGUUCAUCAAAGGGGUUUGACCACACACUAUCUGUAGGUAAAAGAUACUUUCUGGGAAGUUGUGGUUACUGUUCACAGGCAGUUGCAAGUAGUGAGAAUGAUAAGAUCAAAGAUGGCUUUUUAGAGCUUGGGACAACUGCUAUGCCUGAUAUAAUUGAAGUGAGCAAUGCAGAGGAAGUAGAUGAGGAAGAAUUACUUCCUGAGCUGGAGUUUGUGGAUGAUGCUGAGAAAGGUGCUAGCAGUGAAAAGAAAAGCACAGGCUUGGAGUUGUUAAAUUCCAUUAUGGGAGUUCCAAGUGUUGCUAUUUCUGAUAUUCUUAAGAAGUGGGCUGAAGAAGGCAAUAAAUUGAGCCAAAAUGGGAUUUCAAUGAUCAUAGUUAGUUUGAAGAAGAGACGAAUGUAUUGGAAGGCAUUACAGUUCUCUGAGUGGCUGGAAAAAACUAAGCAAACUGAUCUUACUGAACGGGAUUAUGCCUGUCGCAUUGAUUUAAUUUACAGAGCACAAAACCUUGGGAAGGCAGAGAAGUUUGUGGACAAAAUCCCAGAGUCCUUCAAAGGUGAACUAUCGUACAGGACUCUAUUAGGAUGCUGUGUCCAUGCCCAGAAUAUGAGGAAAGCAAAGGCAGUGUUCAAGAAAAUGGGUGAGUUAAAGUUGCCAAUGAAUGUGGAUGCUUGCAAUCAGAUGAUCAUUCUGUAUAAGAGGCUUGAAAAGAAAAAAAUAGCUGAUAUCUUAUUGAUGAUGGAGCAGCAGGAUAUCAAGCCAUCUCUCCUCACAUACAAACUUCUUAUAGAUACCAAAGGUGAGUUCAAUGACAUUAUGGCGAUGGAGCAAUUGGUUGAGGAUAUGAAGGCUGAUGGUUUUGAACCUGACAUCGAUGCUCUAACUGUCAUGGCUAAGCACUACAUAAAGGGGGGGUUCAAACAUAAAGCUGAAACUGUUUUGAAAGAAAUAGAAGAAAGAAAACUUAAGGGAAUUAUUGGGGCCCGAAGAUCAUUGCUUCUCCUCUAUGCUUCUCUUGGCAGAGCUGAUAAGGUGGGAAAAUUUUGGAAGGACUGUGAAGCAGAUCCCAAGAUGCAGGAGUGUGUAGCUGCCAUAGAAGCCUGGGGCAAGUUGGGCAAAGUAGGGGAGGCAGAAGCAGUAUUUGAUAUGAUGCUUCAGAAAUGGGAGAGGAUCUCCUCCAGGCACUACUCUUCACUUCUGAAAGUUUAUAUAGAUAAUAAGCAACUUACCAAGGGGAAAGAUUUGGUGAAACGGUUGGUUGAUGCUGGAUGCUGGAUUGGCCCAUUAACUUGCGAUGCGUUAGUGAAGUUCUAUAUUGAAGCUGGGGAUGUCGACAGAGCAAGCUCAAUUCUGCAGAAGACAGCUCACAGGGAGAAAAUGAGACCCUUGUUCACAUCUUUCAUAGCUAUAAUGGAGCAGUAUGCAAAGCGGGGUGAUGUACAUAAUACUGAGAUGUUGUUUCAGAGAAUGAAGGAGUUUGGAUACAUUGGACGUCUCAAGACAUUUGAGGUUUUGAUCCAGGCUUACAUCAAUGCAAAAGCUCCAGCCUAUGGAUUCCGAGAGAGGAUGAAGGCAGAUAAGGUACUCCCCAAUGCGACAUUUGGAAAAGUGUUGGCUCUAGCAGAUGCAUUCAGAAAGACUGCUGUAUCAGACAUAGUUUAAAUUCAAUGUAAUUAAUUACUAAUGGACAAUAAAUAGAUGUUAUUAAUA